UCGACAACGAGCAGGACAAGAUUUUUAAACAUCUAGUUGAAACAUGACAACAUGGUUUUGGAUCAUUGGCUGGUUUCUUACAAUCCUUACCAUUACAGGGAACGGCCUCAUUAUCUUCCUGAUUUGUAAGCGAAAGCAGCUUCGCACCAAAACCAACGCGUUUGUGGCGUCAUUAGCUGUGGCUGAUUUCUGUGUUGGGAUGACUGUUGUUCCUGCGUUAUUCAUCUUUAAGGAAACAGUUUCCGAAACUGAACUAUCAAAUAAGGUCCAGCUCUACGUGAGGUUGUUUUUUGUGAGGGCGUCAGUCACGAAUUUAUGCAGUCUGGUGUUAGAUCGCUUCGUGGCCGUCGUGAAACCAUUUAAAUACUUGACAUUUAUGACGCGUAGCCGAGUAAUUCAAAUAGUUUUCUUGUCAUGGGCCUUUCCAACAAUUUUUAUCACAGUGAGAGCAUCUCUCCACUUUGCCUUCCAAGUGCGACACCUCGAUAACAUCUUCAAUUGGUUAGACACAUUCAGUUUUAAACUCGUCCCCUGUGUCAUAUUAGUCUUCUGCUUUGCAUGUAUGCUAACUAUUAUUUGUAGGCACCAUCGAAAAAUGCGUACUCUUGUAAAACAAAUACGUUCCAACGCAACCGUUUUCUUUCGACCUCAAGAAAAUGCCGCCGUUAAAAUAAUGGCCAUCGUUAUUGUGGUGUUUCUGUUGUGCAGCGCAAUCAGGUUCCAUUGCGGGCUCAGUUCUCUUAGCCGCGGUAAUAUCGAUUGUGAUAUUCUUCACGUAAAAAUACUUAUUACAGUUUUUAACUCAGCUGUAAACCCUAUAGCUUAUGCAGUAUAUAAGACAGACAUUAAAAAAGAGCUUAAAAGAAUGACAAGAAUGAACUUUUCGGAAUAA